AUCGGAAUUUUCUCACCACUUUUUUCCUUCCACUUUCUCUAGCAUCUAAUUCACACCCUGGACCUAGGUUGGGAGUCAUGUCCCUAGCUCUUCAACUUGGGUUCACUUACUUGGUCGUAAGGUGGCCAAAACAAGGCAAGCGUAUGACCCUCAUAGGUCGAAGGAUUGAUUUUCGAGGGUUGUAAUUGAACUGGGAAGAGCAGAAGAAGAAGAAGAAGAAGAAUCAAAGCUAAUUAUUGUGCGAGUGCUUGUGGGUCAUUAAGGUUCAAGGCCCCAUUUUGACAAUAAGAGUUAUGAAGAAAGUGACGCCGCCGCCCGCACCACCUCAGCCACCUCCGGCGACAACAGUAACGGCAAGAAGUGUAUGUAAGGCUAGUGACACGUCCCAGCAAAGCCUAACGCCUUCUCGUUUCAGAGCAUCUUCUAAGGUCAAAGAUUCUCCAAAAUCACCAGAGACUGUCAAUGGAUCAUCAUCUUUGCCCUCAUCAACAUCAUCAUCGCCAUCAUCAUCAAGAGCGAAGUCAGUACCUCCAGACAUGAAGAACAAUUCGAAGGCUAAAAGGGCUCUUUUGCUCAACAAGCCAAAAUCUGGUGAGGUGGUUGAGGGAUCUCAAAAGGCCAGGGAAACCGAAGAGGCCAAAGUUGUGAUGGGUCGUUUUGUGAACCGUCCUGCAGUGGAGCAAUUUGCUCGACCAAGACGGCGGUCUGGCGAUUUUAGUUUGAGGAAGAAUGAAGAUGACCCGAGUGCGAAGAAGGAAAUGCAGGAGAAACUUGAUUUGAGCGAAAAUUUGAUCAGGAAUUUGGAGUCUGAAGUGGUGGCCUUGAAGGCUGAGUUGGGUAGAGUUAAGAGCUUGAAUGUUGAAUUGGAGUCUCAGAACAGGCAGCUAACGGAAAAUCUUGCUGCUGCUGAAGCAAAGCUAGUUGCAGUUAGUACCCGCGAAAAGAAGGAGAUAAGUGGAGAGCACCAGAAUACCAAAUUUAAAGACAUACAAAGACUCAUCGCUAACAAGUUGGAGCGGUCGAAGGUCAAAAAGGUUGAUAUUAUUGAAUCAGUUUUUGUUAAAGCUCCAGCACCAGCAUCAGGACGUGUCAUUCCUGAAGUUGCAACUAUUGGAAGAAAACCUCCACCAAGCCCAUGUCUUGCACCACCCCCACCACCACCGCUUCCACCUCCAAUCCCAUCUAGGCGUCCAGCAAAAGCAUCAAUCACCCAGAAGGCCCCCGUCAUUGUUGAUUUGUAUCAUGCUUUAAAGAAGCAAGAAGAGAAGAGAAAUCCAAGAGGAUCAGGGAACUACCAUAAACCAGUGGCCAUGCCUAUAAGUGCACACAGCAGCAUUGUUGGAGAAAUUCAAAACCGUUCAGCUCAUCUUUUAGCAAUAAGGACAGACAUUGAAACGAAAGGAGAGUUAAUUAAUGACCUUAUAAAGAAGGUGGUAGAUGCAGCAUACUCAGAUAUAGAAGAAGUGCUGAAGUUUGUAGAUUGGCUUGAUGAUCAACUCUCGUCAUUGGCUGAUGAGCAAGCGGUCUUGAAGCAUUUUAACUGGCCUGAGAGGAAAGCUGAUGCCUUGCGAGAAGCUGCAGUCGAAUAUCGCGAACUUAAGUUGUUAGAACGGGAGAUUUCCUCAUUCAAGGAUGAUCCUGACAUUCCUUGUGGAGCUGCCUUGAAAAAGAUGGCCAGCUUAUUGGACAAGUCUGAGCGAAGCAUGCAGAAGCUAAUGAAGCUGCGAAAUACUGUCAUGCGAUCAUAUCAGGACUUGAAAAUUCCGACAGCUUGGAUGCUUGAUUCGGGAAUUAUGUCCAAGAUAAAGAAGCAUUCCAUGACUCUGGUAAAGAUGUACAUGAAAAGAGUGACAAUGGAGCUUGAAUCCAUUCGGAACUCAGACAGAGAAUCUAGUCAAGAAUCUCUUCUGCUUCAGGGUGUGCAUUUUGCAUAUAGGGCACAUCAGUUUGCCGGAGGUUUGGACUCAGAAACAUUGUGCGCGUUCGAAGAGAUAAGGCAACGUGUCCCAGGGCAUCUAGCGGGAUCCCGAGAACUUUUAGCUGGCAUACCAUCAUCCUGAGAAGCCACUGAUUUUGGGUGCUAGGCCUAAUGAUUAAUUAGCAAUUAAUCAUUCGUUAUUCUUUUCCUGAUGAUUUCCAGGGUCAAUGGCUGCAAGAUCAAUAUCAAGUAUCAACCUUUCAGAAGAAAUAAGGAGCAAUAUCAAGAUGUUUUGAAGAGAGAACGUUCCGUAAUAGAGUAGUUGAGUAAGUGAAAUGGCUAAUCUCCUGUCAAAAAGUAUCAAUGGCGUAGUCAUGUAGUUCAUUUCUGUUUCUGUAAAGAAAUGCUUUGCUAUGUUCAGGUACUUCCCUUAAUGUUUACUGAGCUCUCUACUAUAAUAACCGACAUGCAUCAUGUUUAAUGCAUCGUCAUAUUUUGUGCUUAUUUGAUGUUAUAGAUGGUAAUUAAAUAUUUUUAUUUUUAGAUUUUGUCUCUGAAAACUGAUAGUCAGAUUCAAGUUCAUUGUAUUUGGUGUUUACUGAUUAAUCAUAUUAAAAAAUAGAAAGCACCAUUCAAAAGUAA